AUUUUUUUUGAAAUGAGGAAACCUAAAACAAAUAAAGAUCAACAAAAUAUUGAAGAAUAAUAACCAUAACAUGUAAUAAAGGAAGAAAAACCUAUCAGUGACAAGUAUUCAGUCAAAUAUAAUUCAAAAACUCAAUUAAGAUUGGAUGAGAAGGACAGUUUUGUAUUAGGAGAGCCAGGAACAAAAAUAUAUAGUGUGAAAUGGGAUGCUGAUGAUAAAUAUAUUGCAUGUGCUUGUGAGAAUGGAACAGUUCGAAUUUUCAAUAUCAAAAAAAGAUAACUGUCAUAUUUGAUAAAUUCUCUUCUGCCCGGCACACCAUUUUCAUAUGUGAAAUGGAGACCUCAAGCAUAACAAUUUAAGACAAGAAAUAUCUUUGUAACAGGAAAUACAAAAGGAGAAGUACAACAUUGGCAUAUGACAAGUGGAAAAUGUUUGGGAACAAUGAAGGAAGAUAAUUCUGAUAUUUAUUGUAUAGAUUAUAAUUAGGAUGCUACUAAAUUAGCAGUUUGUGGAUUGAAUCCAAUAAUUAGAAUUCAUGAUGAAGAAAAAAGAGUUGUUGAUGUUAGAUUAGGAGUAGAAUAAACAUAACCUCCAGGUCAUAAUAAUAGAGGUAUUAAUUCAUAAUAUAAAUAGUUUAUUGUGUAAAAUUUCAUCCUCAAAAUCCUAAUAUGUUAAUAUCUGGUGGUUGGGAUUAUAGAGUAUUAAUAUGGGAUAUCAGACAAAAGAAGCCUGAGGCUAAUCAAAUAUAUGGUCCCUUAAUUUGUGGAGAUGGUAUAGAUAUGAGAGAGUCUUUUGAUGGAUAAUAAUUAUUAACAGCUUCAUGGACACAAGAGAAAUAAUUAUAAACUUGGGAUUUAAGAACUUGUAAACUCAUUUGUAAUUUUGAUUGGAAUUCUCAAAUAAAGGUUAGUAAUCAACCUUGUCAAUUGUAUAGUGGACAAUUCUCAAGAAUAUUUGAUAAUUAAUUAACUUUAGCUGGAGGAUCUGGAGAAAAUGAAGUUAGAAUCUUUGAUUCAUAAGAUUUUGAUAAUGCUUAAAUAUGCAUUCAUGAUUUAUGUAGAGAAGUCAAUACUGUUGACUGGGCACAUAAAGAUUCAAGAUUUGCUUUCUCUGGUGGUGAUGGAUACUUGAGAAUAUUUGAAAUAUAAUAAAUAAAUUGA